CACCUUUUUCUAAUGUGCUUCUGCAGGGGACGUGGAGUUGUGUGCUCAUAUGGUGAGCGUCUGUUAACUGACACAAUGGAUGCCGUUCACAUUUACACAAGUAGGACCCGCGGCUGAGCGAACUUCGAGGCAACUACUGCACACCUAGUGUGCCGGUGGUGGUGCAUCAUGGCGUCGGCUAGCGGUGGCUCUUGUGGGAUGGCCAUGUCAGUGACGGUGGCACUUAUUGAUGUGAUCAAGAAGAUCUUGAAUGACUACCCUGAUGGUGGGCAAAUUCUGAAGGAACUGCUUCAGAAUGCAAAUGACGCCGGUGCGACACGUGUUCAGUUUCUACUGAACUGCAAACAGUACAGUACUGGUGGUGGUGGUCUGAUUCACGCCAACAUGGCAUCGCUGCAAGGUCCUGCACUCUACGAGUACAACGACGGCGUGUUCCACGAGAGCGACUGGAAAGGAAUCUGUCGCCCGUCGCGCAGCAAGAAGAAAAAGGAUGUGAUGAAAGUCGGACGCUUUGGCAUCGGCUUCAACUCAGUUUACCAUCUGACCGACGUACCUAGUAUCAUGAGUGAUGGGCACAUUGGCUUCUUUGAUCCAAUGCUGUGCCACAUCACUGAUGGCAAUGGCGACGAAGACGACGACAAUGUUGGCAGGCAGUUCACGGUGGAGGAGCUUACAGAUGGCUUCCCAGACCAAUACCAGACGUAUAAUGUGCUUGAGCAUCAGAUCACUCCCGGUCAAAAGCGCUUCAAUGGAACAUUGUUCCGGUUUCCGCUGCGACAGGCACUGAAAGAAGGAAGGGAUCCAGACUCCCUUCUUUCCAAGACCAUCUACAAAGAAGAGGACGUGGAGAGGAAGCUGUUUGCUUCUUUCCAGAAAGAGGCUGACAUAAUGCUACUGUUCUUGUCGAAUAUUCGCAGCCUGGAGUUGUUCAAGCAGCCACACGCCAGUGCUGCCGAGCGUAUCCUGUGUGUCACCUACACCAGCAUCGGCAAUACAGACUCCGAUGCAGCACUCAGCCAGAGGCUGUGCAAGGCAAUGGAGUCACGGGCCCUUGCAACAUUCGAAACACGCAUCCGCGUUGCCGUUCAAACCACGGACUCUACUGCAUCCGCUCAGAAUUGGAUGGUGCGCCAUACGGUGGGCUCUGGUGACAAGAAGAUCCUCGACACUGCGGCAAAGGAGAACCUUCACCCUUGGGUGGGUGUUGCGGCGCCAAUCAAGGAUGAUGCUGAUUGGACCAAGCACUGGCUGACAACGAGAUACGAGAGCAACUGCGGGGGCAAAGUGUUCUGUUUCCUGCCGAUCACGCCAAUCGAGACUGGUCUGCCCGUUCAUGUACAUGGCUAUUUUGCAGUUACCAGCGACCGACGCUCUGUCAAGUGGCCGUGCGCAGACGACAAUUCAUCGGAACCAAAGUGGAACGAGCAGCUAGUGCAGUCCUGCCUCAGCUCAGCGUACGUCGACACACUGAAGCGCCUGACAGAAGGCUGUCGAUUUGAGAUGCCGGAGACGAGCCGCUCUGGUACAGCUGAUGCCCAUGGGAACAUGGUCUGCCGUGCGUACUAUGCAUGGCCUGAUAUGGAGCGGGUCAAGCAUGGUGAGAACUCACCUUGGGCCUACCUGGUGCAAUGUAUGCUGCCUCUCCUUUUUGAAGAGAAGCUCCUGUGGUCAUGGGCAAGAGGUGGCUGCUGGCUGGCAGUCAAGGAUGCCUGGAUCAUGGAAGCCACGUGCAAUCAGGCCAUGCAAGCAGCUGCUGUGCAAACUGAACACAACAGAAUCAUCACGGACAGUGUUACCCAAGCUGUAUACGCCUUUCUCCUGGCCAUGAACGAACCAGUAGUUCUUCUGCCACCAAGCGUCAUGGCAACGCUAAGCAGCACCUCCGACGACGCUUCGAAGCAGACACUGGCAAGGCGCACUAUCCGACCCGGUUCUCUUCGGCAAAUCAUCCGCACCCUGCAGGAAUCUAGCCCAGCAUGCCAACAGUACAUGCAAGGCAAGCGAGAUGUUGCCAGUGCUAUCACUAGCUUCAUCCUGGCCGACUACAAAGUGGAUGCUAAGCUGUCACAGCAGGAGGCCGCCAGGAUAAUGAAGGACGUUGAGCUGCUAGCCGUCUUUCCCACACUGCACAAGACAACGGUGCGGUCUCUUAAUGACGGCUCGCCAAUAUAUGCAACAGAUACUGCCAAGCUUGUCCAGAUUCUACCCGGCCUGGAUGGUGCAAUGCUGGACACAGUAUCAUUGGCAAAAGUUGAUCAUGGCACUGCGGCUACUAUUGUCCACCUUGCUAAAUCCCUAGGCAGCAGCCAUCCAACGUUUCAGAUGCUGCGCGAUGACCAUGUGCCGCAACUUCUCGUGCAGUCCAUUCAGACAUGGAGUCCGGCAUUCCAACGUGGCCACACGACGAGUAUAGCUUGGUCCGCCGAUGGUGCAGCAAACUACCCACCACUAGCAUGGUUGGAGAAUGUGUGGAGUUGGUGCAGGGAUCCCAGCCUGACGAAGAAUUACCUUGACCAGCUUGAAGGCUUGCCUCUCAUACCGGCAAUUGAUGGUCCAGACUCUGACCGCCUGCUCUGUCUUUGCAAGCAGUCAACAAUAGUCAGUGCCGAAGACAGAAUGGAGGACACCGUCAAGGAGCUGCUAGCUGUGGCAGGGUGCACUGUCAUCCCCAAACCACGGGAGUUUGUCCACCGCACUGGAAUCAUUGGACAGUACAUUCUACCUUUCCAACCCACUGCUGUCAUAACUGCCCUUUUCAACGUGGUGAGGUCUUCAUCUGUGGAGGCGGUGAAUUGCCGUGUAGCCUCACUGUCUAUCCAUGCCUCGCAAGAUCUACUUGCAUUCCUGGCAACAGCUUCGCCUAAUGAAUUCACUUUAGAACAGAAGGAAUUGCUACGGAAAUUGCAGGUCUACGUAUGUCACUCAUCUGGUCUCACCAUGGAUCUUGCUAGCAGUGGUAAGCAGCACUAUCUUCUGCCAAGAAACCUGCCACAAGAUGUGCUAAGUCUAAAGUUGCCAGUGGAGUUUGUGCGGCCUACACCAGACGGCAAAGAAGAGAGCCUGCUGGAGUCACUUUCAUGUCCCCAGCUUACCUGUGACGAGUUACUGGUUACAUGGCUUCUUCCAACAGUUACCUGGCCAGUGAAUAUCACCAUCCUCAACUUUGCCCUGGAACUGAUUGUGAUGUCAAAACUGAAGAAGGAAUCUCUGCAGAGGAUCAGAACAAUGGCAUUUGUUCCCUGCUCACCGUCUCGCUACUCACUGGCAAGACCAACAGAUCUUGUUGAUCCGGAUGACGUCCUGGCACAUCUGUAUGACGAUAGUGAACACUUCUUUCCACACGUACCCGAGGGCAUCAAUGAAGACAACUGGCUUCCUGGACUGAGAAUGGUUGGUCUCAGGAAGGAGGCUGAGCUUAUAGCUGAAACCAAGGUGGAAGUUCUGAAGGACAGGGUAUCCAGUGUAUCUCGCAUCAUGACUGGGUCAGCGGAUCAAGAAGCUGCCAAGAAGAGAACAGUGAAUCUCAUCAAGUUCAUCUCGAGACUGGAUUUGGUGGCAUCGUGCGGGCGAUACAUACAAGAAGAAGCACGCUGCUUUAUGGCACAGCAACGUCCUCCAUCCCAUGACUACCCGACUAUGCUCCCGUGGUGUGGGGAAGACAACAAGCAGCUGUAUACACCCAAGCAGCUAGUCGCCAUGCCUGAUAGUAAGAAAGCCGCUCUCCUGGUUGGAAGCAGUGCUUUGCUGCUUGAUGAUGAUCUAGUCCAAGCCAUUGGCAGGGACGAGAAAGAGCUAAGAAGGUUCGGCUUGCAAACGGUUUCAGAUCUACACAAUGUUGCUGCUCAGCAUCUGCUAGGGCUGGUUGAAACAUUGGAAUCGCAGCCCCAGGAAAGUGUGCCGAGUGAGAGCACACGGCGCUACUAUGAUCAGAGCUGUUUUGAAGUGUACCGCUACUUGAAGGCACUUCACGACAGAGAUGAAAGCAAGAGUAAGAGCAUCGUGGGACAAUUCUUGACUGGCCGUGACUGGGUGUGGCUGAGUACACAGCAGCAGUGCAGGUUUGCGUCACCGAAAAGCCUGUUGUAUUCGCUACCCGAGGGCAUACGGCCAGAGUGCCUACAGCCAUACCGCUACCAGAUGAGCGACGAGUGCAAGGUACUGUUCCAGCCAUUCUUCAAGGCAUUUGGAAGCUCCAGUCGCCUGGAUGAGAAAGAUUUGGUGGAUAUUCUGCAUGAAGUGCGCGAUGAUAUUCCUGCUGGUGGACGAAUGUCUGAGUGUCAACUUCAACUGGUGCUGGACAUCAUCAAAAGCAAAGCUUUGAUGAAUGGUGAUCGGUAUGUUGAGAGAGAAUUGCUACUGCCCACGGCCAGUGCUGCUCUGGUCGAUGCCAAACUCUGCAGGUUUUGCGAUUGCGAAUUCUUGCGCGCUUCGUCCGGAAGCCACUGCAAUGCUGUCUCCCGUUUCAGCGUGCUCCAUCCAGCCCUGGAUCAACGCAUUGCCACCAGGUACCAGGUUGCAGCCCUUAGUCCCGAGAUUCUACCAUCAAAGUCGUUAAGUUGCACGGCGAGCGAAGAGCACCGGGUGUAUUUCGACGAACUGGCUAGUCUUCAAAGACAAGGUCCUUGGAAUAGGCCUAAUGAAGAGCUGCUCUUCAACAAGAUGCUGGAGAAUGCCGAUGAUGCGGGCGCACGCAAAGUGAAAUUCAUCCUGGAUCGUCGUUGCAGUUCAGACAGCAAUGGCCGAACGAUGCUGGCCGAAGAGUUGCGCGAAUGGCAAGGCUCCACACUCUGGGUGUGUAAUGAUGCCGAGUUCUCCGCACAGGAUCUGGAAAACAUCCGACAGCUCAGGACACGUGCAAAGCAGUCUAAUCCAUCCCUGAUCGGUCACGAAGGACUUGGCUUCGGCAGUGCCUAUCACCUUACAGAUGUGCCUAGCCUUGUCAGCCAAGAGCGUAUUAUCUUCUUUGAUCCUGCGGGCAAGAACUUUGGUGUAAGAUCUAGUCGUGAAGAGCCAGUAGUGCUGGUCGAUUUCAUCAAGCAUCAGGAAGGCGUCAGCAUAUUCUCUGACCAGUUCUCCACGUAUCAUGGAAUUUGUGAAUGCCAGGUGCUCUCUCCGACUGCAUGCAAGUACCCUGGCACGCUGUUCCGGUUUCCUCUGCGCAGCAAACCAAGUGAUAUUUCCGCCCACUGUCCGUCCCCAGGCGAACUGAGUAAAAAGCUCGCCCAGCUUGCUCAAGGCGCAGAUCAGCUGCUUGUCUUUCUGCAACAUGUCCGAGAAAUCAGCGUGGAGCUGAUCGAACAGAGUGGCAAGCGGGAGCUGCUGUGUCACUGGCAAGCUGAGGUCAGUAAGCACAUUGCCGGUGACCCACUGGUGGACAGGUUGCUCUUCAACACAACACAGAGAUACAGCAGCUGGAGCGGCCUGAGCAAGGCGCUGGUGACUAUCAGCAGGAAUACUGCCGAGCCACUGCACACCGUGUACAAGCUGAGCACGAGGAACGAGCCGCGGGACCUCACUAGCAGCUGGCUGGUGGUCGGAAUGUUCGGCGGUGCGGCGAGUGUGAAGUCAGCGGACAAGUUGAAGUCAAGAACCGGUGGCAGUGCUCUUGCGCCGUGGAUUGCGAUUGCCGCAAAGUUGAACGAUGCUUCACUCCGCAUUGAGCCGGUCGCAGGAGAACUCCAUAGGUUUCUCCCAACAACGAUCAGCACAGAUCUUCCUGUGCACAUCAGCGCAUUCUUUGUGUUGUCUGGAGUAGGUCUGAGCCUGGCGGCUCAGGACGAAGCUGGCCAGUGGAACUCCAGCCUCAUCGAGAACGAUGCUCCUAGGGCUUAUGCCAUAUUGGUGUCUGGCCUGAAGGCAAUGAUUGAGCAAGGCGAUGAGCGGAUGACCGAUGAUAUGGCAAGCACUGUGUACUCGGUGCUCCCGCUUGAUUCUCCUAAAGAGAGCCGUUGGGAAAGUCUCCAGUGUAAUGUGCUGGAAGAGGUCACCUCCACCGUCCCGUUCCUGUGGACAAGCGCUGGGCGCGGCCAGUGGGUUAAAUUGACUUCUGCUACCAUCCUAGAUCGGCAGUCGUUCAACGAUCAACGCUUAGCAGGCUUUGCGAAGGAUGUUUUGGUGACCAUUGGUGACAGUCACGUGGGCCACAACACCGGUGGUGCUAAUGAAGACCUGCUCAGCAGAAUAUUAGAUCUAUCUGGUCGAAAUAGUUGUGCACUCACGUGUCAGAGCUUCUUCCGUGACAAGUUCAUGAGUAACCUGCCUAGUCUGACUGAUGAGCAAGCUGACAACGGGCUCAAGAUGCUUGUUAGACUUGGACGAGACCAGCCAGACACAUGCAGUUGGAGUGUACCACUUCUGAGAGUCAAUAAAUGUGUUCGAUCUCAAGCUGGUCAGCUUUGCCUCCCAGAGGAAUUGAUUGUCCCGCACACCAAAGACGAACGCAUCAGGUACCUCUUUAAAAAUCGUCCCAGCAUAUGGCCAUCGGACACGUUACGGGACAUGAGCGGAUUUCUAAGCGAGAAGAAUCUUCUGCUUUCAGCGGUCGAAAACCUACCCAUCAGCUUACUACUGCAAGAAGCAGAGCACCUUGCAGAGUCCUCUACUGAUGGUGUGGAUAAGCAAGCUGUAUCCUGUCUGUGCUGCAUAAUAGCUGAAAAGGUCGAGAACGAUCCACUUGGCAGCGAACCGUUUUUAAGCAAGUUACGCACUGUGCCAUUUCUACCAGUGAUGGCGAAGCCCAGUGACUGGUACUUUCCCUGGAAGGCUGAAGAUCUUUCGGUCUCCUUGGCCUGCCUUGACGAUCUGCUGCCGACGCGUCACACGGCAGUUGGUUCAGUGUCGCUUCUGCUGGACAUCGAUCCUGAUCAAGAAUGCCACAAGUUCUUCAGUAGGUUCUCGCUGGGGACAGACUCUCCGCCAUCGCUGCAUCAAAUGGAACAGCAGAUUGGAGUGCUGACGGACAUUGUGGGAAAUAUGCCUGACGGUGUGAGCCAGCAAAAGCAACCUGACGAACUGCAACGGCAGCUGAAUGUACAUGUAGACACAUGCAUGGGCCACAUCUAUGGUUUCAUGAAGCAGCAUAUGGACAGCAAUACCCAUCAGUUUGAUGCAUCUGGAUUUGGUGACGUGACUUGCAUUUGGAGUGGUCUACACGGUAUGUUCAAGCUUCCUUGCGAAGCUGCAAUGUCUGCACCUGAGGGUUACCCCGACCUCAUGCCAUUCCGACUAGUUGUUCAACAGCGCCACAGGGAAAACUUCUCGGAGGUCUUCAGGCACCUGGGUGUCAAGGAUGAGCUGGGUGUGAAUGAUCUUCAGGAAGUUCUGUCCAAUAUCCAUGCGAAGUAUCUGGAUGAGAAUGGACAGAGAACAUCAUUAUCUGAAGAGCAUCGUGAUCUUGCUAUCAAGUUGAUCGAGGUGCUUCAUAAAUCCACAGACCUUCUGUCCGAUCGCAACCUUCUUCUUCCCACCAUGAAGGGACUGAUGCUGCCUGCAAACCAGUGUACCUACAUUGACAGAGACGAACUUUCCGAUUUGCUGAAUGGCAGUGGUGAAUGGGCAGACCUAAUGGGUAAUGUUGUUCACAAGUCACUGGCCUCUAUCGCCCACAAGUUGGGUGCGGAAUCUCUCAGUCAAAGACUGCUUCCUUCGGACAGUAUAGAGUUUGAGGAGGAAAGUGUUGAAUAUGGUGAGAAGCUGACCGACCGCCUUGCUCAUAUCUUGGACGACUACCCCGCUGAUGAAACGAUUGUGAAAGAACUCGUACAGAAUGCUGAUGAUGCUGGUGCCGAGAGCGUGAAGUUUGUUCUUGAUUGGCGCGAUUGGAGACAAGGGACUGGCGCUUUGCUGAACAAGGAGAUGAGAGAAUGGCAAGGACCAGCCUUGUUAGUAUACAAUGAUGCCGCGUUCACUGAAAAAGAUUUCCGUAACAUCAUGAAACUUGGCGGGGCAACGAAGAAGAAAGAGCUUGGCAAAAUUGGACGAUUCGGCCUGGGUUUCAGCUCUGUAUAUCAUUUAACAGACCUUCCUAGCUUUGUAAGCGGAAACUAUAUCGUGUUCUUUGAUCCACAUGCCAGGUAUCUGGGUUCACACCGUGUGAGCCAGCGUUCACCAGCAAUGAAGGUCAAUUUUGUGGACAAUGCCAAAGGUCUGGAACCGUUCUCUGAACAGUUCAAGCCCUACCAGAACAUAUUUGGUUGCAACAUGAACGACGCGUACGAAGGCACACUGUUCCGUCUGCCACUGCGCAGUCCGAACACGACAAGCGAAAUCUGCAAAACACCCGUAAGCAUCCGGGACGUGUUCAAGAAAUGCUGGAGCAAGCUGUCUGACAUGAUGCUAUACUUGCAGUGCGUGCGACAGAUACAGGUCUACGAGAUCCGCUCAGAUGACUGUGAGCCGGAGCUUCUCUUUGCCGGCCAGUCCACAACUUGCGGCGGUGAGCAGGCAGCUAUUUGUGAGUCCAGGCAAGGUCUGCGCAGACUGCAUGAAAGGUUUGGUACCAGUAUUUAUGACCACAUCGCUGCUCAACACACUGACAAGCCAACCUGGUCCACUGCAAGAAUUCAAGUGAGCACAACAAUGACAUCACGUGGGACUAAGAGCUUCAACAACUUACCAGCUUCUACUUCCAAUGGCAUAGAAACAACACAAGACUGGUUGAUGUGUGCAGGACUUGGCACAUUACAGUCAAAGGAGCUGGCCAUGGGUGAACUGGGCAAAGAAAACGGUUUUGUGCCAUGGGGUGGCUGUGCAAUCAAGUGGAACGCUGCCAGUGACAUUGCUGAACCUGACCUUGCAGGGAUUGCCUAUUCGUUCUUGCCACUGCCAAUUGCCACAGGACUGCCAUUCCAUCUGAACGCUUGCCUAUCCAUGGCCACAGACCGCCGGAGCUUGGAGCAUACGAAUGAUGACAGUCUGAAGACACAGUGGAACGAAGCUGUAUUGACGGAUGUCAUUCCACAAACUUAUCUACACCUGCUGGAAAGUAUUGCCACACAAUGCUUGCAGGAAGAACAGCGCAGAGUAUUUGGACUCCUGUUUCCUAAACUUCACGACUCCUCAACGUUCUCCUAUCGUGCGUGCAUCGUGGAAAGCUUCUAUGACAAAGUGCUGAGUGACGGCAACUUUGCAGUAUUCUGGUGUGCUUCUCAGAAGCGAUGGAUUACAGGGAAAGAAGCGCUGUUCCUGGUGGACUAUGAUAUGUUUGGGGAUUACUACCCGGAUGCUGUGCAGCUUCUAGAUAGUCUCAACAAACCUGUUGUCGAGCAGCCGCCACAUGUACGUCAAGCACUGAGGGAGAUGCCCGCAGAUGUCAGCGACAGCCAUGCCAGCCAUGCAAUGACCUAUCGGCAGUUCUACGAAGAUGUACUGGCCGAAUGUGCGACUGCUGCCAACACUAGCAGACCGGACGUUUUGAAGGCGUACACACGUUUGCUUCAAUGCCUAAUUGACAGUUACACGGCAACGCACGAUGACUGGUGUCUGGAGCUGCUGUGCAGCAAGCUCAAGAUUCCGACAAGCCAUGGCUCACUGAGGAUGGCAAGGCAACUGAUAGACAGCGAUAACCCAGUCCUGAAAGACCUGUACAGUGCGGCAGAUGAUGACUACUUCCCUGACGCGUCACUGCUAGCCAGCAAGAACAGAGAUACUCUUCUUCAAGCCGGGUUAAUACACGGACAGCUACCGAUCGAGUAUGUCAAGGAGCGGGCUGAGUCUGUACCCCACUUGGAGCGUGCUGCAGCCCUCCAGCGGUGCAUUUCCAUCCUGCAGUAUUUGAAGUACCUGAAGGACAUCUCCAAGGGAAAGGACAGCAGUGCACUGGUGAACACAGCACGGCUGCUCAUCGCCUGCCCAAUUCUGCCUGUAUCGCAAGGCCUGCCUACCUAUACGUUUGACUGCACAGGAAGCCGCAUGCCAGGGAUGUACUCCGCUAAGAGCAUGUAUCGUCAGCAACACAUUCACAUCUGCGGCUCACAGGAGUUGCUUCUUGACGAAGCCUUGCUCAAAAAGGACCUGGCCAUGACAGAUAGUCAGUUCAAUGAAAUCAUGGCCCUUUUGGAGCUGAAAGACAAGGUGCCGUCAACUGCUUCCAUUGUGAGGCAGUUCACUCACAUUGUAGCAGCAACGACGAGUGACGACAACGUGCGAACAGACAAAAGCAUCUCAACAACGGUCAUGAAAGUGUGCAGUGAACUGGGUGCCAGGUUAAAGCAGCUAACUAGGGAUGAUUUGCCAGAGAAUUCUGUGUGGAUCAAGGAUCGGCACCGCUUUGUUGAGCCGUGCAAAGCAGUUCAUGUCCUCACCAAGGAGAAUAGGUGGUACAACAAGCUGCUUCCUUACUGCUACGUUGUCGACGACCUAAGCACGGGCAAUCAGCCACUGCCAGUGAAAGCACGGGAUUUCUUUGAAUGGCUAGGUGUCCGGGACAAGCUUGGCGCCGAUGAUCUGGUGGCAAUAGUUCGGCGCAUACGUGCAGAACUACACCAAGAGCUCAGCGUCGAGCAGAUUGAAAUAUGCCAGUGCCUACUGCGGCACCUUGCAGACAUGGUACGCAAGGAACCAGGCACGUGCACUGCUGUUAGUGACAUCCUCCUGCCUACAAUGUCAAAGCACUUGAUCGAGCCUAGAUCUUGCACGUACCUCGACUCGGAUUUCCUUGACUCAGAAUUACUGAGCAAUAGUGGACAGAUGCACAACUUGGCACGGCUGCCUGCAGAGGUAGCGCGAACUCUAGGAGCUGAGCCUAUGACCAAGCACCUGCUCAACCGCAAACCACUGGGCUUCACAUACAACAGAAAGGGACAGGCAGAGCCACUGACAAUACGCCUGCGCAACCUGCUGCGUGAGUACCCAAUGGGCAUAACCGUGCUGAAGGAGCUCGUGCAGAACGCAGAUGACGCCGGAGCAAGCCGAAUCACGUUCCUGCUCGACGCCAGGCACCACGGCACAGAGACUCUCUUCAAUCCCGGCAUGGCUGAGUGGCAAGGUCCUGCACUGCUGUGCUUCAAUGAUGCCAAGUUUGCGGAGAGAGAUUUCCGGAACAUACUGCGCUUGGGCGGUGCAACGAAGCUGGACAGUCGAGAGAAGAUAGGCCAGUUUGGAUUAGGUUUCUCAUCCGUUUACAACCUCACUGACGUUCCUAGCUUCAUCAGUGAUCGCUACCUGGUCUUGCUGGACCCUCAUGCUGAAAACCUGGGGGAGCUCGUCGACAUCGGAAAUCCCGGCAUGACAGUGGACUUUGUCACUCAGCAAUCUCAGCUACAGAGCUUCAAGGACCAGCUGGCGCCAUACGACAACAUCAUGGGAUGCCGUGUGCUGGGUGACAACCUGCAACCAUAUGAGCAUACCUUGUUCAGAUUCCCCCUCCGAACGGAGGCAACGGCGAAACUCAGUGACAUUCGGGAAGGUCAUUCCACCACCGUGGAGGAGAUCAAGGCGGUUCUCCUAAAUAAACUUUGCAACGAAGCAGAGAGGUUCCUGCUCUUCCUACAGAGUGUUCGUGAGAUAUCCGUGCACAUUAUCGAUGACAACUGUAAGCUAUCUGCAGACCAAGUAGACGCUACUCAGGUUUUCUCAUGCAGAGUUACAGAGAUUGAUCCCAUCAACGAUAACGAUGGGUGCUGCCGGACCGCUCUCGAAUGUCGCCGAGCGAUGAAGACAUGGGUUGAAGGCUGCAGCUCGAAAACCGAAGCAGCUUGUGCAUACACCAAGCAUCAGACGCAGCACCUGCUAACGAUGGAAGCCGAGUACAUGCAGACACGUGAUCAUGCCAGGCGAAAGUCCCAGUGGCUAAUCAGUUGUGGCAGUGGACACGGUCGUGCCAUUGCUGGUGCUUCCACAGCAGAAGGCAGGGAAAAGCGAGUCGUACCUUGGGGAGGUGUUGCCAUCAAAUUGAAUGGCGACAAAACAAUGCAGCGCCCGGAUCCUGGCAAGGUCUUCUGCUUUCUACCGUUGCCCCAAUCACAACCGUUUCCAGUUCACAUCAACGCGUUCUUUGCAGUGGCCAGCAGUAGGCGAGACAUCGAACACGCUGAUGAUGGGAAGUUUGGAAGCCAGUGGAACAAGAGUCUUCUUGAAGACCCAGUGGCAAGCUCUUACUUGCAAGCCCUGUUCCAGUGGACUCGUCUGGCUGGACUAGACCGGCUACAACGAAACGAUAUGUUGCUGAGUUCCAUGCCUCACCCCCAGGAGAGCACCUUCUGGCAAACCUUGCCGACAUCAUUCUUGCAUCUUUUAUUGGACACAAAAGCACCAGCCUUGUUUUGGCUACAGACAGAUGGUGGCGGCGAGUGGAUGAAUGCUGCUUCGAUUAAGUGGGUGGAUUGCAAGAAGUUUCGUGCACAUUCAUCGUCUGCAAUAACUCUACUCCAGGCACUAGGGAUACCAGCGCUGGCCUUGCCAGACAUGUACCGGAAGCAUAAGAAGGAGUUUGAUGUGGUCGACUUUCAGACAUUCUACAGAGACUACUUCUUCUGCGAGGGCGAGCGAAUACCGGACGAGAGUCAUGCACUGUUCCUCAAACUUCUUCUUGAUGAAAAGAAGGAGGACUGGAGUAGAGAGCUGCUCAAAUCUGAGAAGUGUAUCCGCUCAAGCUCAGGAGAUAUGGUUGCAUGCAAACAGCUUGUUGACCGAGAGUCACAUUUGGCGAAACUGUACACGGAGGACGAUGGGAAAUUUGCUGCAAAAUGCUAUGGAUUUGAGCGAGAGCAUCUUCUUGUCCUUCAACAAUGUGGCAUGAUUCACGAGACACUGCCGAACGAGGAGAUCAUUGGGCGUGCAAAGUCAGUUUCGGAUGCAAGUCCUGACUGUGGCAAGGCUCGAGCGUGUCUGUUGCUGGAGUUGCUAUCAACACCAGGAUAUAUUGAGCAAAUCAGCACGAUUAAAUCUGAACUGCAACACAUUGAGUUUCUCCCGGUGGCGCCGAAACCUAGCACAUACCACAUGUCUUGGGCUGGUGAUGGUCAAUCAUUCGUCAGUGCCGCCGAGUCACAGACUAUGGAGUUCGUAAACCUGGCAGGAUCAGUCAAACCACUGGUUGAUUUGAAUGCCGGUAAACAUCAUUCACACAUGGCCAAAUGUUUGGGCUACUCCACACCUACACUGAAUACAGUCCUCGAGCAGCUGGACAUAAUGUUGUCAGAGAACAAAGAACUCCAGGAGCGUAUUGAAGAUGAAGAAGUGGUCUUGCAACAGCUGUGCAACCAACGGGCUACAGUGCAGGAGCACAAGCUAGCGUUUCUCCAGGACGCAUCCACUGCCAUCUAUACGUACAUCAACACUGCAGCAGAAAAAUCAGAUGCGUCACAGUCCACUGAACCAACCGCACAAGCAAGCGCAAUAAAAGGGUUCUUAUGCUCAAGAGCCUGGUUUUUGCACCUUGGACAUUUUGUUCGUGCUGAAACGCUAAGCUUCUGGUCAAUAGGAAUGACGGGACCCCAACUGAACUACCCUCCCUUCUUCAACUCCGUCAGUGUCAGCCACAGGUCGCCCUGGAAUCUUUGGCAGUUACUUGACAUCACGGAUAAAUAUAGUCCUGAAUAUGUGCUGAGGGUCAUGUCCAUAAUCUAUGAAGUGUACAACACAACAUCAGCUGCAGCAGACACCAACGGGUCUGCGCAGUACAAGAAUCUGUGCAAACUGCUGUGUCAACUAGCCGAGUUGCUGGUGGACGAACAAGAAUUCCGAAAGGAGUUUCCAUACAAGAUUGUCCUGCCGGCAGAAGAUGGACGCUUGUAUUACCUAGAAAAGCUGUCCUUCGAUGACACACCCUGGCUGGAUGGAACUGAGGAGCAGCUAACUUCCGAUGGCUCACCUCUUGUCCUUGCUCAUCCCUCUAUCUCAUGGCAUCUGUCUCAGGCGUUGGGCAUGGACCGGGCUGCAAGUAGGCUGGUCAAAUCUGAAGGUCUAGAUUUUGGCUUGGAGUUUGGUCAGCAGGAAAGGCUGUGCGAUCGUCUCACCGGCAUUCUGGAUAAGUACCCAGCGGAUGUUAGCAUAUUCAAGGAGUUGAUCCAGAAUGCUGACGACGCAGGUGCAACUGCCAUGCACUUCAUUCUGGAUAAACGUGCAGACUAUCCCAAUAAGAAGCUGCUAAACCCUAACACGGAGUCUUGGAAACAACUUCAGCGCUGCCCAUCACUCUGUGUGUAUAACAACCGGUCCUUCACGGACAAGGACAUCGCGGGCAUUUCCAAACUUGGGAGUGGCAGCAAAAGGGAUGACAGUGCAUCGACAGGAAGAUUUGGAAUAGGGUUUAAUGCAGUGUACCAUCUCACUGACUGCCCUAGCUUCUUGUCUCGUGGAGACAAUGGUACAAACCUUUGUUUCUUUGAUCCAUUGCUGGAAUUUGAGCCUUGUGCCACACGCUCCAAACCCGGCCGACGCUUCAAUGUGACCCCAGAAAGAGAGGAACAGUUCUGUGACCAGUUCUCACCCUACCUGGGAGGAGUACUAGAGGAUGCAGGGGCAACCGUCAGUGAGUCCACAGUGUUCCGUCUUCCACUGCGAGGCCAUUACGAGACUAAAUGCAAGAUCGGAAAGGAGCCGAAGGAAGGGACUGUACUCAUGAUUGAACGUUUGUUCAAUCAGCUGGGUGUGCACGGCGUUGAGCUGCUACUUUUCUUGAAAAAUAUUGUUUCAAUUAAAGUUUCCGUUCUCACAACGACUGCAGGUAAUGUGGACUUUGAGACACUGUACCACAUUAGCCGAACGAACAUGCGUGAUGAGCUAUCGGGUCUAGCACGGCACGCGUCUGGGGAAGAUUGGCGUCAACAGACGUUUGUUCGUUCUCAGCAAGAAACAUGUCUGCAAACACGUGGUCCAAGUGUCCAGAAAGAACAGUGGCUGAUGAUGCGAUGUUCUGGUGUGGACCUCACGCAGCCUCCACUUACCAAGGUGCAAGAAAACCACAGCACGGAUGAAGCCAUCAAGGAAGGUCUCCGUCAUGGACUGUCACCACAGGCAGGUGUUGCUGUAAGGCUCUCCGUGCCGUCAUCCCAAGCCAGCCGGGCGAAAUGUGGCGACGGCAAAGUGUUUACAACGCUUCCCACACAAAUUCAAUCAGGAUUUCCAGUUCACGUCAAUGGUAACUUUCUUCUGGAUGACUCACGCAAGCACCUGGACAAUGUGCGCUCUGGUGCUGGAGGAAUUCGUGCAUGGUGGAACGAUUGGCUAAUUGCCAGUGUAGUGUUGCCUGCCUAUCUCCAGCUACUGUCCGAAGCUCGUCAAUUUGUCACCUCGUGUCACAAUCAAACCAGUGAAACUGGAGAUUCCAGGACAGGUGCUGGGCCAACAACAACGAAUGUACGUACAUUCAUCGGACACCGUGGAGACGUCUUCCAGACACCUGCACCGCGCCAAACUAUGGUAUCUGCGUCCCUGGACUGGUAUUACUCUCUAUUCCCACGGGCUGGGGGUGCAAAGGGAGACCAGUGGAAACUGCUCUGUCAUCUUCUGUAUGAGGAGCUCGCUAAGCCAGAGUGGAGAGUUUUGGCCAGUCACCAUGCCGACCCAGCCGUAUGGGAACCGUGGAGACCCUGCACCGGACCGGAGUUAGGCGUGUUUCAUAGUCAGAUGCAUAGAAAAGAAGCAAAGCAGGAGCUAUUCCUGCUUGUUGUUGGUAUUGAUGUUCCAUUGACACAGGCACCAUAUUGGCUGUUGGAGGAGUUCAAUGCAAGCACUGGGCAUAAGGACAGCACCAGUGGAGGUCAGCCCAUGAGUACACACGGCUAUGCGUAUCAUGGUGCCCACGCCGGUCCUUCUGGAGCAUCACUUCAGCAAGCACAUCCGCUCGACUCCCUAAAGCAAUCCAAUGGAAGCUCACAGAAGACACGGGAGGAUGUCGCCACCAAGAUGUCACGAAAAUACCUGCGAGCAUUUCUCCGUCACAACGCAGCCAAGUUUAUUCAGGACCAGGUCCUUGGAAGAAACGAGGCCAAUCCUGUCAAUAUCAGCUGGAUUCUAACCUACUGCCUUUCAUUGGCCCCUGGAAUUGCAGCUCAGCCAGAUGAACACCGGGCUGAGUUUGAUAAAAUAGCAACAGGCCUCCCACUGCUCCUUACGCAGUCCAACAAACUGAGAAUAUUCAGCAAGGCUGAGCCAGCGAUACUGACCAAGUUUCCUUCACUGAUUGCUGACCGCUUGAACACUGUGGUGAACAUUGAACUUCUAUCACUGUGCAAAGUCCUGCAACAACUGCUGUCUCUGGAAAAAUCUGGAUGUACAAGACUAUUAUCUCUGGGUGACAUAGCAAGCAGUGUGCCCACAUUGCACAGUUGUCUAAUCCGAGGAGUAGCAGUGUGUCAUCAGCCUGAAGAAUCGUUAAUGGAGUGGCUAUCCAGUUUAUGGCAGUACAUCGUAGCCAAUCAGCAGCAAUGCACGUGGGAUGCCCUUGCUGCGGCACUACCCAACGUGUGCUUCAUCUCGGCAGUCAGCGUUCGAGGAGACGAACAUGUUGAACUGCUUGUGUCGCCGCAGAAAGCUGCACGGAUCCUGAAGUGCGGCGGCGACAGCAGUAUCCGACCCAACACUCUGCUCUCGGGCCUAGCCAAGCUAGGCAUGUACUUGCCAUCAACCCAUCACAUAUCACUGAAAGAGCAAGCCGAAGUGAGCAAAAUCUUCAGCAUGAUUGCGCCUGGCUGCACUGCGAAAGAUGACAUGGACAGGUUGAUGAAGGAGCUGGCGCAAGUAGACUUCUCAGCCCUGGGUAACAAACUUACAGCUGGUGAAGCUGACAAAGUGCUGAGGCACUUUAUUGACCUGUGCCAGGAACAUAAAUCUGGAAUUCCAAUGACACCUAGUCGCUAUAGAGUUGUGUCAGACUCGCAGCGUAAGAUUCUCUGCCGUCUUCCAAUCUAUCCUGCAGUUGGCGGCGAGAGAGUGCAACUUGCAGGAGUUCAGGAGUUUUUUCAGCUGGAUGGCCAAUUGCCCACCGCCGGAUAUGACAAGUGGUGUCAAGAUCUGGAGAAGUCUGUGCAAGUUCUUGAGCGACUAGACUCCAACACUGAGUCUUUCCUGACGGAGUGCCUUGGUCUUCGGAAACUUAGUCAAGUGGAUGUUCUCACCAAGUUGAUCAUCCCGGCACUGAUGCUAAUGACUGAAGACGACCGUGUUGAACACUUGCGAUGCAUACAGGAUAUGAUACUUCCUAUCCAAGAUGAGACUGGGAAGACCACCAUUCUGACAAGACUGAAGCCAGUUCCAUUUGUGACUGCAGCAGAUGGUCAGCAGAGAGUAGCCAGUGAACUCUUCAAACAUGACACAGUGUUUGAUGCAUUCGUAGAUCCUGGUUUCUUCGCCAACAAGUUUUGGCAUGGUAACGAGUGGUGGCGCUAUGACCGCUUUAACAGCGUGAAGCUUCUGCAAGAGCUUGGAUUAGCUGCUACAGUCAACUACAGCCGGUUCAUUGACCUGGCCAAGAGCAUCGAGUACACCUGGUGUGGUGGGCAACUAGCACGCGGUUUGAAGAGUUUGUCGGUGGAGGAGGGUGUCGCAGCCGGCAAGUUGCUAAUCACCACAUUCAAUAGCCUUGCCAGGCACAGUCUAUCGACUAUCCAAACUCAACCUCCACACCACGAUAAGGAUCGCAAAGCCCAGCAGGAGAAAAAAAUCCGGCUUGCAAAGAACUUCAUGAGAAAUGUCUCCAGUAUCAAGUUCGUCUUCCCAGUGGUGAAGCAGGAUUUCUUACCGAAUCUGCUAAGUGACUCAGUUCAGCACCUGGAACAGUAUAGCAGAACUGCCCCAGUCAAACUGAGCGAAGCAGUACCGUACAAGUGCUACGACAUUGCCUGGACUGUGCAACCAGUCUGCAGCAUGAAUCUCGAGCUCGACAGAGAAACCUGUGCGCAUCUGGAAAUCAGCCAUGAACCAGAUCUACGUGUUGUUCUGGCACAUUUCUGCCACUUGAUGCAGGCAUUCACAGCUAGAACAUUCACUCUGAGCCGUAUUGCCAAUGGCUGUGAGCAGGAUCGAGAACACCUCAAGAACAUUAUCACGCAACUGUAUACGUACCUAAAUGCCAAGUGUCAACAGGCGGAUACGUACGCGAUUAAGAUACGAGAGAUCUUGCAGGACAAGCCAUGUAUACUCGCUGAUGACAACAAGCUACUCUUGCCACCUGGGCAAGUAACCAAAGACAGCUUGCAAGGCAUUCGGACAGAGCCGUACCUUUCAACGCUGCCCAGAUGCUGGGAGGCUUUCCCGCACUUGAUGUCCAAGACGUGUCUCCACAUUUCAGAUACUCUCACAGCUGAGCAAUGUGCUCUUGCUCUCCGGCUUAUCAAGCAAGCAUAUCCAUCUGAGAAGAGCACGUUCCAUGUAACACAUAAUGCCGAUGUCUAUCAGCUAAUUCGUUACUGCUUCCGGGAACUAGUCAGAUGCAUCCGAAGCAACAAAAUCCCAUCCAUACCAUCAGCUCCUAGCGUGGCCGUAACAAAUGCUCCCCAACUUCCAAGUCUUGGUGAAAUAUUCCUCCCAGCAGUGAUCCUCCAGGCAAUGAAAGACGACAACUAUGCCACAAUCAGCCUUCUCAAAGCGGCCGAUAUUGUGAUGAAUAACAGACGGUACUACUUUCGAAGAAUGACUGCUUUCAACGAGCUGCAGUUUCUUCUGGCCACCAAUGUGCAAAAGGAACUAGAAGUAGAUGCUGAAAUGGCCAGGGACAUCGGUGUACAACUACUGUCGGAGGUGGUAUCGGAGGAAUUUGACGAUGACGAGAUUGACCGUACUGAAAACGUGAUCUAUGAGGACAACGAUGGUGUGGUAGGGCAAAGACCAGACGAGUUGCACGCUGAUCUGUGGAACAUGCUUGACCUGCUGAAAUCGCCGGAAUUCAGCCACGGCAUUAGACGUCUGCUGAAAGACGAAGGACACAAUCCCAGGAGUUGUGAUGACAAUUUGGAACAGCUCUGGGGCGCGCGAGUUGUGGUUGUGCGUAUGAUUCAGACCAUUCUCAAGUACAACGGACGCACCAUUGAAGGCAGUGAGCAAAACCAGUCAUGUCACUACAAGAUCCAUCCCCGACUUGCCAUCUUCAUCCGUAACGAGAUCACACAGGAUCGCGCCGAUCAAUACUUCUUCAUGAAGCAGCUUGCAGAGAAGAUCAGUGAUGUGUUGUGUGACAAGAAGCCACUUCUGGAAAUUAAACAUCUCGCAACAAUACUGUUCUGUGCCAGUCCAAGUGACAUCGAAGAUGCCCUGACGAGAGAGGAUAUAGCUGACUACAGAGAUGAUUCGAUGGCAGGUGUUGACUACUCAUCACCACCUCUUGGUGAAGAGGUUCCGACUGACCUUGAUUUGUUUGAUCCGUCUGAGAAUCCAGAAGAGCUGUACUUUGGACAAUCUGAGCUGGUGGUCUUCCACAAUGACCAGGAAGAUGUUUACAUACUUGCGAAAAUCAUCAGAGAAACAACUCCACCUGGUACCAGUAACCUUCUUGCCCGAACAUUCCUGAUCGAUAUCGGUGCAGGCAGCGAGAAGAUGGUCAGCGUGAAUGACUUGUAUCGCUUCACAAGUGCACUAGACCGCCAGCACACGGCUGCCACUCAGAUGGCAAUAUUCACCGGAGUACCUUCAGCCAGGGUCCGAGGGACCUCCACACGUGCUGACCAAUCCAGCCAGGCUAGCCAGGACAGUGAACUGAGCAUGGACGAGGCACGGGCCAAGAUCAAAGAAGAGCUGCGUGCGGUGUUUUCCGUCAAAGAAGCAGCAGAGAGAAAGAAGGUGUUCCGUCGCAUGCAGAUGAGGUGGCAUCCUGACAAGCAUCCAGGACAGGAACCUGUGUAUACCGAGGCAUUCCAAUACUUGAUGAAUCUGCAUGAGCACGUGUCCAAAGGUGGAUCCAUUGACAGCUUUGACUGCAGGAUGUCCAGCGGGGCAUCCAGCAGCGGCCAUGACUGGGACACUGGCGAUUUGUUCGGGCGCUUCCGUGGAGGCUGGCAUUCCUCCCCACACUACUCCGGAUACACUGGAUCAUCAUCAUCAUCGCAUCGAUGGCGAGGCUCAAGAGGAGGGCAUGGUUAUCACUCAUUCUUCCGGCAUGCGUCAUCACACUACGCUGGCUCAUCACGUCCGGGCUGUAGAAGCAGAGUGGAUGCCAGGCGCUACCUCAAGCAAGCAGAGUCGGAUGUGAUACUACUGCAAGAGCAGAUUCUAAGUGACAUGCCGAAGAACAAUGCACACGCCUGCUUCGUUGCCCAACAGGUCGUGGAGAAGGCACUGAAGGCAGCUCUGUACGUUGCCGAGUGUGGAUUGACAGAGGAGAACCGGCGCGGUCAUGAUGUUCUGACCCUCGCUUUGCAUCUUCGCCAAACAGCAGGCUGUGAGGGAUUACUUGAGCACGCAAAAGUCGUUUCGCCGUACUACAUGCCAACCCGCUACCCAGACGCAGCUCAUGCCCAAUGUCCGUGUGAGAGCUUCUCCGCCGAUGAAGCACAAAGGGCUCUGCAAGCUGCCGAGCAGACUAUUGCCAUCGUCAACAGAUUCGUACAGCCUCGGCUCUGAAUGCACUCACGACCAACCAAGAAAGAGCUUCACUUCAAAAGACUGUUGCGAGAAUGCUCCCACUAGCGAUCUGGUACAGAAGCAGCGAGUGAUGCUGUACUGUCUUGCAGUCGAUGUGAGCUCCACACUGCUCCAGGUGUUGUAACUGUACUGCAUGCUACUUCAUGGUUCGCUUUGCUAUGCAUCUAGUUUUUUCUUACUUUGCAUGUACUUCUUGUUCUGCAUUAUUCCAGUCUAUCACAUUAUUCCAGUCUAUCGCAUUAUUCCAGUCUAUCGCAUUAUUCCAGUCUAUCGCAUUAUUCCAUGCACACUGUGAUGACCUGCAUGCAUGGUUCCUGUAUUAACAAUUCCCCUUGCGACCGCACUCUACAUACACAGGGAUGCAGGACUGAAGCUGAGUUUUUUUUUCCAUCGACUGGUUUUGCAUCUGCCGCUUGGUUAUUCCGCGCGUUCCCUCGGGAACAGAGGCGAAAAUUAUAUUUCCAAUUACUAUUAGUUUUGCGUGUGUCUGCUUUUCUGCCGCGGUUUUUCCGCUACCAUAGUGUGAUGAUAAUGUCUAUACCGUUAUGUACAUGCAUGUUGCAGGCACGUACAUUUCUACAUGUACUGCUUUUUUCAGUUCUUUUCCAGUGUUCAGCUAGUACCGGUCAGUGCGCAGUCAAUGGCACAAUUUCCCUGCUUUAUUUCACAGAGCUGUUUCAAGUACCAGCCACGUGGACGCAGUGGGCAAAACGGAACAUUUUGCUGGCCCGGUGACUACUGAGUGUCCACUUUUCUGCCUUCUGUCAUUUAUUAAUUUUUUCUGUACCAUGGUGCGUAUAGUUUGUGCACACUGCACUGUGUGAUGCAUAUGUGUAAUUCGGUAUAAUACCAUUUAUUUUACAUGACGAUUGUAGUUUGUUCACAUAUUUACAUGUUUUUGUUUGUUUUCAGCCUGCCCACUUUUGCAGGUAAUUGUACAUGCCACUAGCACAGCUUGUUGCUUUUUUCCUUUUUCUUUCUUUACUUUUCUCUGCAGUGAAGUGUACAUGGGUGUCAUGCAUAUAAUUGCACUGGCACCAUUGCCUCUGUAUUUCCGCAUACGCGUGUUGUUCCGCGACACGCGCCCUUAGAGUGAUCUAUGUAUUCCUGCUACGCUGCAUCCUUUUCGAGUGAUCUGUAUUAUCUUUUUUUCCUAUUAGUAUAAACGAGUGAUCUGCUGCGCUCUCGCGACUCCAACACAACUAGACUCAGAACCAAUACAGUCAUGUACUGGCAAUAGCAUUACAUGUACUGGCAACACCAAUGCAUUGUAUUGUAUGCAUGUGAUUGUAUGCUUUGCUCCAGCUGCUGCCGUCAAAUGUUUUAGUGCACUUGCUUUUUUCCCCGCAUUUAUCCAUGUAUGGGUGAUCAUUGUUGUCACCAGUCUGCUUUCGCACUUUCAUUAUAAUAAUAAUACUCUUUCUAAUUCUUUCAUUAUAACCUUUCUACUUCUUUCAUAUACUCAAGGCUCGUUUCGCAGCAUUUCAGUGUUUCCUUGCUUUCUUUUUUGUUAUUGUUUCUUGAUAGUUUGUGAUUGACUUUCUCUUCAAUACUGAAGUACACUGUAGUUUAAAACAAAUCACUUUUCCUGGUGCGCUGA